AUGCAACUGUUUGCGCUUGCGGCUGCGGUUUUGGUAAAUGUCGCAUCAUCAACUCAAAACCGAAUAAACCGACAAACGGGUAGUGGCCGCGUCGGGGAUGCGUGUGCAUUCAACACUGAUUGCUUGACGGGUAUGUUUUGUAAUGGAGGUCUCUGCUCCUGCCUCUCCACAUAUAUUGCUGCUGAAUCGUACUGCUAUCAAAAAAUUGAGCCUGGGCAGCCGGGAUGUGUUUACAAUGAACAAUGCAGUGCCGUGUGGCCAGAAGCCUUUUGCGACACAUCAGCCGGGGUUGGAACUUGCCGCUGUGGUGAAAAUAAGGUUGAGCGUGCCACUAGGGAUGGACAUGUUUGUCUGGACAUCCAUGAUGCAAAUGAUAACACGUUGGCUAUUACAUGUCCAUUGCCGGAGGGAGCUGGAUACACUUCUGCGCUUUCCGAUCCAAAGCACCCGAGACAGAACGAUGGUCCUGGUCCAGUUUUGUGCAACACCGAAAGUACUUUGACGCAACAAUCAGCUGAAGACAUGGGUGAUGGAAACGCCGCUUGUCUGUUCCCAUCUGAUAGUUCGUAUAUGGCUGAUUUAUACGACUGUGUCGAGUUUGUCUCCGUCAUGGAUCUAUCUUCGGCUGGUUAUUCUGAGAAGGCCAAUGGCAUUUGCUGUCCGAAUCGAGCCUUUACCUGCGUCCAACCAACAGCCACUGGUCCAAAUCCAACGGAACCCCGCUGGUGGUACAACGCGAUCACCGGGAUGUGUCAACAGUUCCUCUGGGAUCCGACAGCUAGCGGCCCCGGGGAGCAUUCGCCAAACAAUUUCCGCACGCUCGCCCACUGCGAGAGCUUCUGUCGAGAUUCGUGUUCACGUGGAGCUCCAGAAUAUGAGCAGAGGUCGUCGUACCUGGAGGAAGUACCAGUCACAGGAUGUUCUCAAUCCACGGCUUGCACGUCAAGCUUCGAAUGCAAGACGGUUGGAAGUACACAAUGGUGUUGUCCGACAGUCGCGUCAAUUUGCGGUUCCGUUGGCGGUAGACCGCUCGACCCAACUGCGCACCUACGUGGAACCGGCUAUCAUUCUGGAGUUGAGAAACAGGGUACCGCUCCAUCCACUCGCUUCUACUACGAUACAACUAGCGGGAAGUGCUCUCCAUUCACCUACUUGGGAGCGGGCGGCAACUACAACAACUUCCUCUCCAGGAUUGAUUGUGAACUCUUCUGUGCUAGAUUGCAAUGCGACCGAGGAAAUCCACUCCGAAUUGGAGAUGUAACCCAACAAUGCCAAUCGAACUCCGAUUGCCCGUCAUCUCACGAAUGCAAGAUUGACCAGGGUGUAUGCUGUCCGAGAAUGCAAACGAUUUGUACUCAACCACUACGAGUCGGAAAUUGUGAUCGAUCUGUUAGGAGAUAUUGGUACUCGGCAGCCACUCGCGAAUGCCAGUCUUUUGAAUACACUGGAUGCCAAGGAAAUGACAACAAUUUUGAGACCCUUGUUGAUUGUCAGACGUUCUGCCGGAAUGCAGCACCGGAACCAAGAUGCCUCCAAGGUCAAUCGUAUAAGGAUUCAUCGGCCAAAUUCGUGACCUGCUCAACGACUCGCUCAAAAUCGACGUGCCCGGCCAAUUAUGAGUGCUACUUUGAUGGAAAUAUGUUUGGGUGCUGCCCAACUAAAGCAUAUACUUGCUCAUUAUCGUUCAACGCUGGCAAACAAUGCGGCCCUGGAGUAUCGUUUAAGUAUUAUUACAAUGCUCAGACACAGGAAUGCGAAACAUUCGAGUACCUUGGUUGUGACGGAAAUUCAAAUAAUUUUGCGACGAGACAAGAAUGCGAGGGAUACUGUGGUGUUGGAGGAUGCUCAAAUGGUGGGACUCCAUUGCGAGACUCUUCCGGAGCACUUCAUACUUGUUCGGAACGAGAUGGAGGUUGUCCAUCCACACACGAGUGCCAAUCGGUAUCACUUGGUGGUGAUGUCAUUUCGAAUCGUUGUUGUCCAAGCAAGAGUUAUAUUUGUGGUCUCCCACCGCAACAAGGUUCCUCAAUGUGCUCUGGUGGUCUUACGGUUGUCACACGCUAUUACUUCAACAUUGUGACCAAAAAGUGUUCCCCAUUUGUCUACAAUGGAUGCGACGGAAAUCCAAAUAACUUCGCCUCCAUGCAACAAUGCAAUAAUUUCUGCUUGGCGGCUGCGUGCGCUGCUGGAGACGUCGUUUACCUAAAUCCAAAUUCACAGAUGCCAAUCACAUGCAAUGACGAGAUGCAGAACAAUUGCCCGAAGAAUUUCAACUGCAUCUUCGAUCAUCUCACUGAACAAUCGGUCUGUUGUGGAGCCACCGACAUGGCGGUGUGCCCCGAUGGUGAAAAGGCCUACAUCAACAGCGUGGACAUGACGGUGAAAGAGUGCUUGAUCAACGAGCACUCGUCAUGCCCAAGGGACUAUCUGUGUCGAUUUAACGCCCAGAAAAAUCGAUAUUUCUGUUGUGGAUCGAUCAAGAAAAGCUAUUGCCCGCCUGGAAGAGCACCAUAUAAAGACCAACAAUCGCUGCAGCCUCUGCGAUGCACCAUGCAUGCCGCAACGAGUUCGUGUCCAGAUGGCUUUGCCUGCCAAAGCGAUCUACAAGAUGCCCUUCAAGGAUAUUGUUGCUCAGUUGCUGAUAUCUGUCCGAACCGGGAGGAAUAUUUCUUGGACGAAUCAACCGGAAUGCCGCGUUCUUGUACCGUUGGCCACUUUGUCACAUGCCCGACCGGAUUCAGCUGUAUGACUCAAUAUGAUGGAAUGAUCGGAUAUUGCUGUCGUUUUAGCUCGCGAGGUAUGCCCCAGCUCGCCGCCACGGAUGGCUGUCCGCCUGGCGAAAUCGUCUACAUGGAGAGGAAUGAAGUCGUUGCCUGCGAUCCGUUCAACCCUGUGAAUCAAGGAUGUCCAAAUGGCUUCUCUUGCCAAUGGUCGAUCCGCACCCAACGAUACCAAUGCUGUGGCGCCGAUCCUUUGCCACCACCUAUUGAAAACGAUGGAUGCCCGGCUCGCCAAAUCGCAUUCACGGAUCCGGAUACCAGGAAACCAAAGAUCUGCACUUCUGCCUCCCUCUCCUGCCCUACUGGAUACUUCUGCCAAUUUUCUACCACCAACAAACAAUUCCAAUGCUGUGGGAUCCCUUCCGAUUGCCCAGCUGUGAUGGUGGCUUUUAUUGGAAUUUCGGGGGACCCCCAAGGAUGCUCGAUGAAUGGGGGAACGCCAUGCCCGGAUGGGUUCAGCUGUGUGAAGGGGAAAAGCGGAGGCGAGCUGUGUUGCGCCGGUGGAGAAACUUGCGACUCGUCUCAGGUGCAAAUCAAUGGUCUUUGCCAUCCAAGGCAGCCCGUCGGAGGAACGUGUAUGCAUCCGGAGCAAUGCUUAGGAGGAGCCACAUGCCAAGACGAGAAAUGCCUCUGUGGAAACGGAGAAGUGGAAAAAGCCGGUAUUUGCAGGAGACCGGAAGCCCCACAAGAACGGAAAUGCACCGCAUUGCAAGUAAUGAUCGCCGACGAGUGCCUGCCACUGGUUACCCUAGGAAGAGCAUGCGUCCACACAGCACAGUGCCCUGGCAGCGGCCGAUGCGUCGAGGGAGUUUGCGAUUGCCCGCCCAGGACAAAUGAUGAAUGCAUCGUAAAGGUCGAUGAGAGACCAAAGGGUCGCUCCCUGACCGAGCUGAAUAAAGUAGCUGCGAUCGUAACGGAACCCAAGAAGUCUCCUGCUAUGACUACAGUAAAUAAGGAUCUUUGCCCAUCACAACGUGAAGCAUUCCUGGUUAAUGGAGAGCCGAAGAAGUGUAUUAAUGGCCAAGUGUGUCCCUCGCAAUACGCUUGUACCUAUUCGAAGCCGGCUCGGUCGUAUCUAUGCUGUAGUAGAGCAACCACCGCUUUGGCCAAUGCCGCCACGAUGGACUGGUGUCCAACUGGUGAGCCAUUGCUGUUUCCGGUCAGCCGUCAGCCCGUUGUUUGCACGAGAUACCAAAAAUGCCCAGCCAACUACGCAUGCCUACGCAAUGCCAGCAAUCGUCAAUUCUACUGCUGUGCGGUAACAGAGGAGAAUUUGAAGACGAUCGCCGGAGCCAAGCGGAAACCCGGGCAGCAGCUUACCAUGAAGGAAUAUUUGUUAAAGAUAUCCGCGAACUCGAUGAACGCUUUGAAUCAAGCAUAUAAAAUGCAGCGAGCACCGCCGAGGAGGAGACCAAAGGGCAAAGCGAAGCCUGGACCAUGCCCCUCAUAUCUGGUCAUGCUAGAGGUGGAAAUCAAGGGUAAAGUGGUCAAAAGAUGCCAAUCCUCCUGCCCCUCUACAAUGUCUUCGGUGAACGAAAUGGCUCGCUUCCAACUUGUCCUCUUGAUCGUCAUCGCUAUCAUCGCUGUUAUUCUUGCGGAUUCGUGCGCCGACACUGGCAAAUACUGCGAUGUCCUCUCGAAGUUCUGCCACGAGACAAAGUACGCUCACUUGACCUCGAAGUGCGCCAAGUCGUGCGGAUUCUGC